AUACACACGCCAUGGCCAUCUCCUUUUGUCUCAGUCAAGCCUUCAUAUCAUAUACCAUCUCCCUCCCUCCCUCUCUCUCUCUCUCUCUCUCUCUCUCUCGCGGGCGCGCUCUCUCUACGUAUCUUUCCCGUUCGUUCGUAGAAUUCAGCGCACGAAAAUAGAGCGGAGGAGACGGGGCCCAGAUGAAAUCUUCGUUCACCGAUCUGUUGAACGGCAGCAUGGGCAUGGACAAUAACCACUGGGCGUUCUCCGGGACGGCCCCGACGGCCAACGUCUCGAUGGAGGCCCCCAAGUACAGGUCCACCGCGCCUCCUUCCCUGCCCCUCUCGCCUCCUCCGAUCUCGCCUUCUGGCUUCUUGACCUUCCCGCCCGGCUUGAGCCCCAGCGAUUUCCUCGACUCGCCGCUCCUCUUCUCGUCUUCCAAUGUUGAGUCCCCGACCGUGGGAGCUUUUGCUGGGGAAGCUGCCAGCUGGAGGAGCGGCGGCGGCGGCUUCGGCGGUGCUUUCAAGGGGGAGGAGAAGUUGUUCUCUGACUUCUCUUUCCAACCCCACCAAUCACGCCCCACCGCUGCCGCCACCGCGGCGCCAUCCUCCAUGCCUCAGUCAUCUUCGGCCAUGGUUUCUGUGGAGGUGUCGUCAAAGACUCAAGACUCAUGGAAUUACUAUAAACCCUUGAUGCAGACGGAUGUGUUGCCAGAGAAGAGAGGACGUGAAACGUCGGAGUUUGCCCGGAUCCAGAACUCGGCAAUUCCCGCGAGCCAAACAAGCACACAAAGCCUAACACCACCUUCUGAAACACUCCCGGCCAACGCGAAUACUAAUCCUCAUCCAUCCUACCUCAUCAGAGAACAGAAGAAAUCCGACGAUGGGUACAAUUGGAGGAAGUACGGUCAGAAGCAAGUGAAAGGGAGCGAGAACCCGCGCAGCUACUACAAGUGCACACACCCAGCUUGCCCAACGAAGAAGAAGGUCGAGAGAUCCUUGGAGGGACACAUUACCGAGAUUGUGUACAAGGGAACUCACAACCACGCCAAGCCACUGUCCACCAGGAGAUCGUCUUCCCAAUCGAUUCAGCCUCAGUCUUCUUCCACUGCAUAUUUGGAGAAUCCCGAUCGAUUGGCUAUGGUCCUGUCCGAAAACGGGCAGCAGGACUCUUCGGCCUCAAUGGGGGAUGAGGAUUUCGAAGAGAACUCUCAGAUGAGCAACUCUGCAGGCGAUGACGAUGGAAGCGAACCUGAAGCGAAGCGAUUGAGAGGAGAGAAUGAAUACGAGAGCUAUGCAGCUUCUGGCAAUAGGACUGUGAGAGAGCCUAGAGUUGUGGUUCAGACGAUGAGUGAGAUUGAUAUUCUCGAUGAUGGAUAUAGAUGGAGAAAGUAUGGACAGAAAGUGGUGAAAGGAAACCACAAUCCAAGGAGCUACUAUAAAUGUACAUACGCCGGAUGCCCCGUGCGGAAGCACGUCGAGCGGGCAUCUAACGAUAUGCGGGCCGUGAUCACGACUUACGAAGGCAAGCACAACCAUGAUGUCCCCGCACCACGUGGCAGCAGCACUCAAUACGUGAACCGGCCUCAGCCUUCUAACAGCAGCAGCAUCGCGCCGAUGCCAAUCAGGCCCUCCACUGUAGCGGGCCACUCUAACAACUCGACCUACCUAAGUUCCAUAGAGAAUACGAGGUUUCAACGAUCAGGGAACCACGCGCCCUUCACUCUGCAAAUGUUGCAGAGUUCAGAUAGUUACGGAGCCGUGGGAUCAGGGAAGCAAGGGGGAUCGUACAUGAAUCAAACCCCAAACUGGGAUGACAUGUUCGCGAGGACUAAGGAAGAGCCAAGAGACGGCUCGGAGUUCGACUCGUUUCUAAACUGAAGCUUCUAACUCCAAUAUAGAACAGGACGGUGAAAAGUUACCCCCUACACACACACACAGAUACGUCAUGUACAUUGAAACUACUUCAUAGGGUAGGCUUUUUGUCCGUGACGCGAUUUCAUAGUUAGGAUUCGUUCAUUUGUUUGUAAAACUAGAAAGAAUAACGUAGUGUCGAGCAAAAUGAAUGUCUGCUCAAAGUUUGAAUUAGCAAAACUCAUUUGUAACGCUUUUCCUUUGGAAAUGGUCAAAGUUUCUCAACUUUCUACACA